AUGUCUGCAAACGCAACCAAGCAGCCGGCCGGCGGCGGCAAGAAUGCCACAGAUAAGCCUGUGGAGAAGAAGGAGUUGAAGAUACUCAUGCUACAUGGCUAUGCCCAGACCGGCCCUCUCUUCCGGUCCAAAACCGGCGCCAUGUCCAAGCUGAUAGCCAAGGCCCUGCCCGACGUGAACGCGUCGCGAAUCUACCCGACCGGCCCACAACGGCUACAGCCCUCGGACAUUCCGGGCUUCCAGCCCCGCGAGGGCGCCGAGGGCGAGGAGAUCCCCGAGACCUUCGGCUGGUUUUAUCACGACGAGGAGGCCGGUCCCUACCGCGGCUUCGGGCUGGGCAUGCGCUCCAUCGCCGACGCCAUCGAGGAGGCCGGGGGCGUCGACGGCGUGCUCGCAUUCAGCCAGGGCGCAGCGGUCGCCGCGCUCGUCGCAGCCGCGAUGGAGCCCGACCGCGCGCUGCCCGAGGACCCGGAGCAGCGGGCGUGGGUGCAGCGGCUGCGCGAGGCCAACGGCGGCAGGCCGCUGAGGUUCUGCGUCCUGUACUCUGGCUUCAUCGCGCGGCCCGGGGCGGGGCUCGGAUGGCUGUACGAGGGGCGCAUCAAGACCCCGACGUGCCACUUCUUCGGCAGCCUGGACACCGUGGUCGAGGAGCAGAGGUGUAGGGCGCUCGCGGACCUCUGCGUCGAGCCCGAGGUCUUUGUGCACCCUGGAGGCCACCAUGUACCGGUGAGGAAAGAAUGGGUUGCCCCGUUGACUGGAUUCUUGAAGCACGUGCUCGAGAAGGAGGAGGCGGCGGCGGCGGCGGCGAGUGCGGCCUCUUGA